AUGUCUACCUAUACAGUCGUUUCCGGCGAUACCAUGUGGAAAAUCGCCAAUGAUCAUGGCAUGACACUCGACGCACUAAUUGCGGCCAAUCCGCAGAUAGCGAAUCCCAACAUCAUUGAAGUUGGUCAAGUCCUUAACCUCUCUCAAUCUCCGGCCGAGGAUCCUCCUAAUCCAGCCCCUGAAACCUCUGCCACCACUGCUGUUGCAGAUACACCCGGCCCAGUUUUCAGCGCUACAGCCCCGGCUCGUGAAAUGUCUACCGCAACUGCUACUGCGGAGUCCCGUGGCCCUGUUUUCACCGCGGCAACCCCGGCUCCCUCUAAUCCAGCGGGCUACAAAACUGUUGCUUAUUUUACCAAUUGGGGUAUCUAUGGUCGAAAUUAUCAGCCUAAUAACAUUCCAGCGAGCCAUAUUACACACAUUCUCUAUUCAUUUGCCAAUAUUCGCGGCGAUACCGGGGAAGUCCACUUGACCGAUACGUAUGCAGACUUAGAGAAGCACUAUCCUUCAGAUUCUUGGGACGAGCAGGGCAACAAUGCCUAUGGCUGUAUCAAGCAGCUUUUCCUCCUCAAAAAGAAAAACCGUCACCUCAAAAUCCUCCUCUCCAUCGGCGGAUGGACUUAUUCAUCCAACUUUCGGGCCGCAGCAACCCAUGAAGGUCGCCAGACCUUCGCUCGCAGCGCCGUCAAACUGUUAGCAGACUGCGGCUUCGAUGGCAUCGAUAUCGACUGGGAAUAUCCCCAAAAUGAUACCGAAGCCCUCAACUUUGUCUACCUUCUCUACGAAACUAGAAUGGCACUAGAAAACUACGCAGCCCAAUACGCUCAGGGACGACAUUUCCUCCUCACCAUCGCAGCGCCCUGCGGCCCGAAAAACUAUUCACAGCUCCGCAUGGCCGAGAUGGAUCCCUACCUGGACUUCUGGAACCUCAUGUGUUAUGACUUUGCAGGGAGCUGGGACUCCACGGCAGGACACAUGGCCAAUGUCUUCCCAUCCCAAUCCUCACCAGAGAGCACGCCAUUUAGCGCCGAUAUCGCUGUAUCAGCGUAUAUCUCCGCCGGUAUACAUCCGGGUAAAAUUAUUUUCGGUCUCCCACUAUACGGCCGUGGGUUCGAGAACACCCAAGGCCCCGGAUCUCCAUUCCAGGGCGUGGGUGAAGGGUCCUGGGAAAACGGAGUGUGGGAUUAUAAAGCACUCCCGCAGCCAGACAGCGAAGAACAGAACGAUGACCAGCUUCUCGCGUCGUGGAGCUACUCGCCCAGCGCGAAAAAAAUGAUCAGUUACGAUACCCCGCACAUGGCGCAGCGGAAGGCAGAAUAUAUACGUAAUCGGGGACUAGGAGGAGCUAUGUGGUGGGAACUCAGCGGUGAUCACCCUGUAAACCACGAGAGAAGCUUGAUUAAUAUUACCAUAGCCGGAUUGGGAGGCACAGCGGGCUUGGAUGGAAGCGGGAAUUGUCUGGACUAUCCAGCAAGUGUUUAUGAUAACCUUAAGAAACAGUUCGAAUGA